AUGAUCCUCUCACUACCACUGCUUGCUAAAGCAGUACUGGCAGGUUCAAUCCUCCUUAACCGAGGCCAGGAGCUGGCCCCAUUCAACAAGCCGAGCGACGAUAACAAGGUUACUGAUCGAUAUCUAGUUUUCUUAAAGGAUGGCUACACACUCGAGAAGCACUUUGCCCAGAUCCGAGUAAACCUGACGAAAGAGGGGGGCAAUUUCAAGUUUCAAGCAGGAGGGAACUCUUACGGCGUUACGUUGACUGAUCAGAAGAUUAUUGACGAGAAGGUUCGCCGCGACCCAGGCGUAGAGGCCGUCCAAGUGGACUCAUAUGCUAAAUUCGACAUCGACUCGUCGGCAGGCUCCGUAGACUUGGAUUCCGAAGAAGAAAAGAAACCGAGCAAGAAAAGAUGGACAAAGUUCUUGGCGGAUAACAUGGGAUCAUGGUGGAUAGCCCAGCUAACGAGGGGAAAGAAAGUGCCAACCUGGAAAAGCUACGGCCCCUGGGACUUCUGGGCCUUCAACAACCCGCUCCCGGGGACCGGUGUCGAUAUCUACAUCGUUGACACGGGUGUGCGACAUAACCAUGCGCAGUUCUUCCAGUAUAAAUGGACGUUCUCGUCAAGGGUCCGGAACUUUAAGGAUGUUAAGGACGAUGAGAAGUCACCAUAUUCGGAAGGCAAAAUGGGUGAUAUAGCGCUAGGCCACGGCACUGCGAUGGCAAGCUGUGCGGCAUCGUGGUUUGAUGCGCCAGCAAUAAAUGCCACUAUUGUGAACGUUAAGGUGGCGUAUCGCGACAGUUCUCCAAUAGAAGUAGUUGUUCAAGCUCUUAAUGAUAUUAUUGACGAGCAUGAACGAAAGAAAAAGGAAAAGCCAACGGGCUGGAAAGGGUCCGUAAUAAACAUGAGUUUCGGCACAGAUCACCAUGUAGGAUUGGAGAAGGCUUGCGCCCGGGCAGCGAAAGCGGGAAUACCUAUAGCAGCAGCAGCAGGGCAAUCCUCCAAAGAAGCUUUCCAGGCCCCAUGCAUAUACGACAGCACAAUCUGUGUCUCUGGAAUCGACAGGGGCUAUAAGAAGCCAGACGAGGCGAAUUAUGGCAAGCAUGUAGAUGUUUUUGCACCUGGCUAUGAUGUCAAGGUGGCUAGCCACGAGGGCUCUGUUACGGAUCGGCAUGGUGAGAGUGGCACAAGUGCGGCCGCGGCAUACGUCGCCGGCAUCAUGGCCGGGUACAUCAGCUACGAGGGCUUCGCGAUCAACGGCGACGCCACCCUAGUCUACGACCGUCUGAAAGCCAACAUGCUGGACGACCUCAUCUGGAACCUCCCAAGCAAGUGGCUCUUCUGGCCCAGCACGAGCAACAAGCUAGCCACGACGGGCAUAAACCACCCCAACCGGCACCCAUGGGACCCCUACGCGGGGAUCCCGCGAAAGGACUUCAAGAACACGUGCAAGAUGGAGGUGACCCAGAUCUGGACCUGCGAGGACCCAAGCGCGAACCUCUACGCGCGGCUGAAGGUCACGGGGUCCGACGGGAAGGUGUUGUACGUGACGCCUCAGUCGACGCGGACGCCGGGGGUCCCGAUCAAUGCGGCGCGACCGGCGGUGAUAGAAGAGAAGGGGAUGAGCAGGAGCCUGACGGUGGUAGGGCAGCACACGGACGAUUACAUCCAGUUUACGUAUGGGGAUGACCUGUGGUUUACCGCCGGAGCGAGAAUGCUGGGGACGAACAGCGGCGAUGGGAGGUGUGGUUUGAAGGGGAGUAAGAAUUGGGACACAAAGGGGCCGCAAUGUCCAGGGAAAUCGAUCGUAAGCAUUGCUCUUCAACUACAUGUACAAUUUGAGAAUCUUUACUAA